GUAUAUAAACAAGAUGACCAUACGCGAUCUCCAAACUCAACACGUUUGGCACUUCUUUUGUGACUGUUGGAUAAGCGGUGACCACAGAGAUGGUUUGACGGAGAAGAUAUUCAAUGCUGCAAAGAACAAUGAGGUUUCCUGCUUCAGGAAUAUUUUCCAGAGCCGAACAUCGACGGGUUUUAGGGAUGAACAUAUUUGGGUGUCCAUUGUGGAUCCGCCAUCUCGGAGCCCUUUCACUCGAGUUCAGAGGGUUUCUUGUUGUAUGAGCCUGCUCCUCUGCACCAUGGCCAUCAAUAUUGCCUUUUGGAACAUUCCAGAGGAUGAGGAUUCUCUAGUGGUCCUUUCUAUUGGUAAACCUGCUUUUGAAUCAUGAGUAUGCCUUGAUUAUGUCGAUUUUGUCAGCAUGUGAGAUAGAUAAUGAAUUACAAAAGAAUAAAACCAUCUUUAUUUGUCAUUUAUGCACACAAACAGAAAAUUUGACCUCUGCAUUUUGACCCAUCAGAACGAUCUGAAUGUGUGAAAACUCUUGA